AUGGAUUGCCAUAGGAGCGCUCCCAUUCCCAACGUGGACUCCGGUAUGGCUUGCAAGGAUGGCACUGCCUCCUUUCCGAUCAAGAGAAAGCCGGAGGAGGAGGUCCUGUUUGUCUCUUCCAAGCCUGUAAAGAAGUGUCGUGGCAGCAGAGAAUCUCCAGCGGAGGCCCACCGUGUUGUCAACCCGCCUGACAUAUCUAGGGCGGUUCUUCCUAGAGAUUCUCAUCCAAGCAACACCUCUAGUAAUAUCGGCCCGAGCCUCCCAACAAGUCAACCGCUGCAUGAAGCAAGCACCUUCAACCGAGGAGUAUCACUUCCCAGUAUGGAGAACUACGUGUUUCCUCCACCUGAAGACAGAAUCACGAGCCGGACCUCUCGAAGCUCUCCCAUGCUGUCUCCAAAACAACUACCGCAAACGGCGCCUCCAGGCCAAGCUGACACCCACCCAGGCCCCGGAGUCACCUUAACUCCUCCAUCAAAGAUCAACGAUCCUAAAUCCCCAGCGUUUUUCGAUCCAUCUUGGAUGACAUCUGGCAUACCAGUCCAACAGACGCCGAUGAAUCUACAUAUGGCGCCCAGUCAGCCGAUGAUGCCAACAUACAUCCAGCCAUCAGCUCCUGAGCCAUCUGCUGUUGUCCACGACGAGAAGAAAAUGCCGAACAUGUCCGAAACGUCCGCAGACCCAGCGCAGUGUUCCGAGCCGGUCACUCAACGUAGCCAGGAAGUGGGCGUAGAGCAUACCCACAGCAGCCAUCAGUAUCCUUCGCAUGAUGCAGGAAAGCCCGAGUCGAUGCAAACCAUGCAGCCUUCCAGAACACAGAAAGUAUGGCAGCCUGCUCAAAUAGCUCCUCAAACUCCGCCAGGGCCAAUGCCUCGGACACAACCAACACCAUCGCAACAACAUGCAAACAACAGCAAUGGCUAUGCUGGCGCAACUGUGCAGCCACUUCCUCCGAAGCCACCAUGUUUCGCGUGCGAGCAAAUGCGGCAACAGGCUUUGCACAAUAAGACAAGCAUUUACCCCUUUGUUGGAAAUGCCUCUCAUAUGCACCAUGGCUGGCAUGGCCCUGACGUCUCUCAUCUGAGCCAUCCCGCUCACAUUCAGCCUGCGCCAUUCUCGACUUCUGGUUUCGGUGUGAGUCCUGAUGUAUCUCAGGGCCAUUUGCAGAGGCCACAACAUCUCUACCACGGACAAGUUCCGAUGGGAUACGGCAUGGCACACGUUUCAGCCCAAGUCCCGUAUUCUCCUCCAGUGCAGAGAGCGUUUCCGGUAGCAGACAUGGGCGCGAGUGACUCUGUCCAAGGGGUGCCUGCUCACAAGAUCAAUCAUACUCCACAGCUGAACAUGUCACCUGGGCCAGCCACCAUGUCUCAGACAGAACGUGCUCAGCUCACCCAAGGCCAGUGUACUCCGUCUCAGCCACUGCCACCAACACCUCCAAACUCGACGGUAGCCCCUUCCCCUGCUCCACCAGCAGCUCCAACAUCUCGACCGCCGACUCCUUCGCCCCCGGAGAAGCACUCGCCGAAUCUCAUCGUCGACAUCGCUGAGACGUGCGAAGCGAUAUUCCCAUGGGAUGAGGUUGCCGAGAGACACAAUGUGCCCCGUCAGAAAGUUGUCGACACAUUUGCGGCCAUCAUCCAGCUGCCUUUGAUUCGUUGUACAACCGACAAGAAACGACACGGGAGGCUGGCGACUAACAGGCUGAAGGAUUUCACGAGGGGGAAAAACGCCAUGAACAUCUCUUCCCCGGCAUCUGCGGCCACUUCUUCUGCGUCUGCCAAGUCGGAUCCUAAUGAUAAGCUUGACAAGAGACCAGUUCUUCCAAGCGUCAUGGAGCUGGCCAACUCGAUGGCACCGGUCGGGCUCCCCUCGACUCUCACAAAGAAGUAUCCGGGGACGUGGUGA